CCUACAACCUGCAGGAAAAAUCUCUUCCACGGCCCCUACUCCAGCCACAGCAACAUGGCUUUGAGACUUUGCUCUGCCUGGAUUUCAAUCCUCCUCCUCCUGCCCAGCCUCUCGGAUGGAGGGAAGCUCCUGGUGGUGCCCAUGGUGGGAAGCCACUGGCUGAGCAUGCAGGAAGUGGUGGAGAAGCUGAGCGAGAGAGGACACGAGGUGGUGGUGCUGGUUCCUGAGGUGAGCUGGCAGAUGAAGACCACGCAGGCCUACAAGGUGGUCACGCACCCGGUGAGCCAGCCCCUGGAAGAGCUGGAUAAUGCCUUCCAGGAAUACGUCGCCGUGCACCUGACACCAAAGCCUUACCCCUUCAAUGUCCUGGCGAUGUACAACACCUCGGUGCAUGUUUUCAGCACCUUCUUUGGGCAAUGCAAGGACCUGUUCCACAGCCAGGAGACCCUGAGGUUCCUCAACCAAAGCGGCUUUGAUGCCAUCCUGACAGAUCCUAUCCUCAUGUGUGGGCCCAUCCUGGCCCACCAUCUCUCUCUUCCCUUUGUGUUCUUCAUGAGGGGAUUUGGUUGCAACCUUCACUUUGCAGCCCCACAGUGCCCAAGCCCUCUGUCCUACAUCCCAAGACUCUUCAGCUUCAACUCAGACCACAUGACUUUUUUCCAAAGAGUGGAAAACGCCCUGAUUUCCCUCCUGGAGCUUGAUUACUGCAACAUUUACUAUGCAGAAGCACUUAAGCUUUCCUCAGAAGUUCUUCAGAGGGAUGUGUCUCUGAUGGACCUUGUGAAUUCUGCUGCCAUUUGGCUCCUGAGGUUUGACUUUGUGUUUGAGUACGUCAGGCCAGUGAUGCCCAACAUGGUCUUUGUUGGGGGGAUCAACUGUGCUAAGAAGAAACCACUGCCUAAGGUUACUCCUGUUUAUGAGGGUGAAAUAGAAAUGUUGCCUUGA